CCGUUUCAAUCAUCAUUAGCCCACAUUAAACUAUAAAAUAUAUGACUGCAUUAAAGGCAUAAAGACAAAUAAUUAAUUCUCCAAUGUACUGACGAAAUAUCAUCCCAGUAUUCCUUUUUCUAAAAUCCGCCAUGGCAUCACUGUACGCUAUAUUCUCUCAGGCCUAACAGCUGCGUAAUUUGUUGACUCAUUAUAGUUUUUGCAUCCUGUUCCCUGCAGCUUCAUGCAUUUUAGGGAGCAUUAAGGCAUUUAAUCUCUGCCUGAGGGUAAGAGCUAACGGUGCCAAUUCUGAUGCCAAGGUCACCAAGUUGAUUCCAGCCCUCCAUGUCGGAGGGGCGGGCUGAUUUAGGAGGGGGAGGUUUACAACCCUCUACUUUCCAGCGAAGUUCUCCGGGGAGUAUCAAACUACCACGUCUGCAGCGAGGAGAGAGGGGGAAAAGAAAGGAGAGGGAUCAAAAUAAGCCGACUGGAGGAUAGGAAAGAAAAGACAGCGAGGAGUUAAGAUUGCUUCAUGAAAACAAAGUCGGCUGCAACAUCUGGAGCAAAACGUAAUCUUGAAUUUGGACUUAAAAUACGCACAGCCUCCAGCUUCAGAGCCCCCCUUCAGACUUCCUGCUUCCAAUAACGUCUAAUUUGGUUAAAAUUCACCAAAACGUGAAAAGAAUGCACAGACUGAACAAACACCUCUCAUGUUUUAAGUAGUCUUACUCAAGUAGUGAGACACACUGCUCCGUAUCAUCUGGAAACUCGUUCUGUGCUUUGCGCCAAGUAGAUCUCGCCCGGAAAUUCAUUUUCGUGGGAUACGUUUUUUUUCCACAGAUAAUGUUUUGACAAAUAGCAAAGUGAAGACUUCGUGAACUGUUACAGGGAGAUCUCUGCGUUUUUCAUUGUUUUUUUUUUUUUUCGGAGAGUCAAGUGAUGGCACCAAGGCUGAAAUCGCUUGUCCGACUGCUGCUCCUGGCGGUGGUGUGGGCGCUGAGUUCACAAGGAGCGACGGAGCGACAAAUCAAUCCAGAGUCAUGGUUGCAGCAGUAUGGUUACCUGCCCCCAGGGGACAUGCGGACUCACGCCCUCCGCUCACCUCACUCUGUGCCCUCAGCCAUCGCCGCCAUGCAGAGAUUCUACGGCCUCACUGUCACCGGCACCUUUGACCCAAAGACCAUGGAGGCCAUGAAGCGACCGCGUUGCGGUGUGCCAGAUAAGUUUGGUGCCGAGCUGAAGACCAACCUGAGGAGGAAGCGAUACGCCAUCCAGGGCUUGAAGUGGAACAAGAAUGAAAUCACUUUCUCUAUACAGAACUACACCCCAAAGGUUGGCGAGUUCGAGACCUUCGAGGCCAUCAGGAAGGCCUUCAAGGUGUGGGAGAGCGUCACCCCGCUCCGUUUCCGGGAAAUCCCCUACAGUCACAUACGCGACAAGGUGGAGGAGUUUGCCGACAUCAUGAUCUUCUUUGCCGAGGGUUUCCACGGCGACAGCAGCCCGUUCGAUGGUGAGGGAGGCUUCCUGGCACACGCCUACUUCCCUGGGAAUGGCAUCGGUGGAGACACCCACUUUGAUGCAGCUGAGCCCUGGACGAUUGGAAACCGGAAUCUGAUGGGUAAUGAUAUAUUCCUGGUGGCGGUGCAUGAACUGGGCCAUGCUCUGGGUAUGGAGCACUCCAAUGACCCUUCAGCCAUUAUGGCUCCCUUCUACCAGUGGAUGGACACAGAGAACUUUCAACUCCCUGACGACGACCGCAGAGGCAUUCAGCAACUUUACGGGUCUGGAUCAGGCCCUCAGCCCCCUCCUGACAAGCCUCAUACACCUUACAACCCCCAGCCCACCCAUUCACCAGACAAGCCUCGCUUCGGCCCCAACAUCUGUGAGGGACACUUCGACACCAUUGCCAUCCUCAGAGGAGAAAUGUUUGUGUUCAAGGAUAAAUGGUUCUGGCGAGUGCGUAACAACCAUGUGUUGGAUGGAUACCCCAUGCCAAUUGGUCACUUCUGGAGGGGUAUGCCCACUCAUAUCAAUGCCGCUUUUGAAAGGGAAGAUGGGAAAUUUGCUUUCUUUAAAGGGGACAGGUACUGGGUGUUCAGUGAAUCCAUUCUGGAUUCUGGUUACCCUAGGAAUCUGCAGGAAAUGGGCACUGGGCUUCCCAAAGACAGAAUAGACGCUGCUCUCUACUACACCCCCACCGGACAGACAUUCUUCUUCCGAGCAAACAAGUAUUAUCGCUUCAAUGAAGACAUGCGAAGUGUUGACAGUGGCUAUCCAAAAUCUGUGAGUGUGUGGCAGGGAGUGCCUGACAACAUCAGGGCAGCCUUCAUGAGCAAAGAUCAAGCGUACACCUACUUCUACAAAGCCAACAAGUACUGGAAGUUCAACAACCAGAUGAUGCGCGUGGAGCCGGGAUACCCCAAAUCAGUCCUUCGUGACUGGAUGGGCUGCCCCAACGAAGACCCUAAGACAGACGGAGGAAGAGGUGGAGGCGGACAUGACAAAGACAAGGAGAAGGAGAAGGACAAGGAGCGGGAGGAUAAGGACAGGACUAGAGAUAGAGAGAGAGAGAGGGAGAGGGAGAGAGAGAGAGAGAGGGAGAGGGAGAGGGAGAGAGAGAGGGAGAGGGAGACAAAGACGGAGAAGGAGGAGGACACAGAGGUGAUCAUAAUUGAAGUUGACGAGGAGGGAGGGGCAGGUGGCAGCGCAGGAGCGGCGGCAGUGGUGGUGCCGCUCUUCUUGUUGGUGUGUGUGAUUGCAACCCUGGCAGCCUUGGUAUUUUUCCGUCGGUACGGUACCCCACGCCGACUCCUCUACUGCCAACGAUCUUUACUGGACAAGGUGUAGACGGAGGAGGAGGAGAGGAAGAGAGGAGAGAAAGACAGGGAGAGAAAAAGAAAAAAAAAGUGGAAGGUAAUGUUGAACACAGAUAAUCGAGCAGGACAGAAAGAGAUUUUCAAAAAAAAAAAAAAAAAAAAAAAGGGGAAAGAGCAGAAGGAAAAGCGCCAGACAUGCAUUUUUAGAAAAAUUCUUACCACUGCCAGAUUCCUUUUGCUCUAUCUCCCAACCACUCCGUCCUUGCAUUUUUACUUUCUCUCCCUUCUCUCUCUGCCUCUCUCCUCGUGGUUACUGACGCCAGCUCUUUGCUGUUUGUUUUAGCCUUUUUCAAUGUCUUAUUUUUAGUUUUUGUCAGUGGUCAGUGUUUGUGUCCUUGUGAAUUUCCGCUUCGAAACCUGCAUCUUCACGACGCCCAUUCUAGCAUGUUCCUUCGUGUAAGCAAACAGCGUUGUUUGAUCCUUUGUUCCCCCCCCCCCCCCCUCUUGUUAUCUUGCACACACUCACAUAAACUCACACAGAUGCACACAUUAUUUGAAAACCACAGUGGCAGAGUCACUGUGUUUCUUAAUCUUCCAGUAAAGCAACACGUCAGAGCCAGUAUGGACCAUAAAAGGUAAACAAAACAUUAGCCCACGUUCUUUUGAAGCAUGAUACACUCACAUCAGAGUCAAGCAAUAAAUACAGCUGUGUCGUUUCCUUUUUUUUAUAUCAAUGUCUUUAAUGGUGAUUAUUAUUAUUAUAAAUGAUGUUGUCAUUAUUAUUAUGACUAUUACUAUUAUUGUUGUUGUCCUCCGUGUAAAGAAUGUGUUUUUGUACAUUGUCAUUAAAAAGUCCUGCUGGACAGUGACAUACAGUUUUGAAAGUGGCCUUAAUUUUAUAUGUGGGGACAGUGAAUGGGGAAGGGGGUUAUGUAUUCUUGAAACUUGAUUGUCUUAUUUUUUUUUUAUCUUGAAUCCAUCUCAAAUGAAAAUAAAUUGAAGAUCUGAAAAUGA